AUGUUCAUUCCCAGAGAGAUCGAUGAGAAUAAUGGAGGUCAGCUGGCUCCCGGUGUUGGCUCAGGCACGGAGGCUGGCGCCUCGGGAAGCUCUGAAAGCUAUGGCAUCUCGACAGGCGGAUUAAUCGCUAUUGUGGUCGUGGUCGUCGUUGUGGCUAUCGUUGGAGCCACCAUGGGCGCCCUGUUCUUCAUCGCGAAGAAGCGUGAGUGGACCAUGAGAGAAACCUUGCGACGAUCGGCCCGUAAAGUCAAGACUGCUCUCACACCUCGGCGUGCCGAGUUCCCAUCACACCUCAAGGACGGCAAUGCCUCAUCAUCACGUCGACGACAGCACACGAGGCUCGACGAUGUCCCACCAACACCUAGGCUGCGACCCGAAGAUUUGGAGAAAGGCAGGACCAAGACUAUCAUCGAAAGCAGAGGGCGCAAGUGA